GCGCGGUGCCCGGGGCUCGGCGGGGCGGGGCAGCCGCUUCGCUCCCGACGCCCGGGCUUCCCCGCUGGCGGCGGGAGGAGCCGAGCUGCCUUUUCCGCUGGGUGUCACUCUGGGGUGGGAAAGGCUCGUUCAAAAGGCGAGGGGAGGGAAAAGCCCUCCGCCGCCCGCCCCGGCAGCAGCAGCCCGUCCGCGUCCUGCGGGGCGGCGAGCGCUCGGCUGGUGCCGGCUGCGCCCCGCAAGGAUGCUGGAGAGCGGCUGCAAGGCGGUGAAGGAGGGCGUGCUGGAAAAGCGGAGCGACGGGCUCCUGCAGCUCUGGAAGAAGAAGCGCUGCAUCCUCACCGAGGAGGGGCUGCUCCUCAUCCCCCCCAAGCAGCAGCCGCCGCCGCAGCAGCAGCAGCAAGAGCAGCCGCCGCUGCCCGCCGAACCGGCGGCCAAGAUUAAGGAGCUUCACUUCUCCAACAUGAAGACGGUGGACUGCGUGGAGCGGAAGGGCAAGUACGUGUACUUCACGGUGGUGAUGGCCGAGGGAAAAGAGAUCGACUUUCGGUGCGCGCAGGAGCAGGGCUGGAACGCGGCGAUCACGCUGCAGAUGGUGCAGUACAAGAACCGUCAGGCCAUCCUCGCCGUGCGCUCCACCCGGCAGAAGCAGCAGCACCUGGCGCAGCCCCACGGGCCGCGGCUCCGCAGCGCCUCCAACUCCGCCUAGCGCAGGUGAAGAUAACGCAGCGGGACCCGCAUCAGUCACGGACUGGGCAAGCGCCGGGGAUGCGGGUUGGACUGGAGAGAAGCGGCUCGACCACCCGAACCCCAGCCGCGCUGUUGCUGCUUCGCCGCCCUCAGUGCCGAGAAGCAUUUCAAAUCUAUUAUUUAUGAACCUUGGAAAGGCUCCUUUGGUGUGAUGGGACUUGUAGGAGACGUGAUGUACUGUAACUUUAUUUUAAUGUAUUUUAUUUUAUUUAUUAGGGUUGUUUUUUGUUUUGUUUUGUUUUAAAGGCUUGUUUGCAAGACACUUCUGAAUGUAGGCCGUGUCCAAAAAGCAAAGGAAAACACGAUGUGUAUAUUAGCUCCCUAGAGGAACUUGAAAGUUUGGCUGUGUGCGAUUUGACAAAGAGUUUUUUUGCUUUUUGCUGAAAUACACUAACAUGGAAAAUGUGAUGUGUCCGUUGGAAAUUGGCUGAAAACCAUACUGCAUACAAAAACUCCUCUCUCUAACGACAUCAAUAAUGAUAAUCUGGGUUCUAAAUUAUUUUUUUUUAAAUAUUAUUCAUGGUGGAAUGUGAUAAAACUUAUUCACGCGUGGUUAUUCAAAAAAGUAACCUUGAUAGUCAUUCCAAGAUUAAAACAUCUGUUUAAUGUAUGAGCAGAGGGGAAUAUGACCAACUUUUAUGAUACAAGGAUCACAGCUGGAUUCCAGUUAUACGUUUUAUGUGCUUGUUCUUUCUAGGCUGGAGGGCAGGAGAUGAGAGUGCUUAUGAAUAUUCCUUAGUGUCCAAUUUCAGACCUCCCUCUGCACAGUUGGUUCGUAAGCGGUCUAGGCUCUCAUCUUUGUUGACUUUUCACUGGCAGUUUUUAAAUGUCUUGCAUUAAAGUAGCCUCUAGUUAAAAUCCAUCUUACUUACGUCUUAGUGUGCAAACGGAUAAUUUUGGUCACAAUUUUCAUAAGCUGAAAGUUGCUCUCUAUCUGAGAUAAACUAGAUUAAUCGUGGUGUUUGGCACUGUCAGAUGUUGAGAGAGGUGUGUGAUCUCGCCUCUAAAAAUGUUGACAAAGCCAUGAAGUUGGAAAACAAAGGGCUAAUUGCACAGCUGGUUUGUCUUCCUCUGCUUCUUGAAAGUCAGUGGGAGUUUGGCUGUUGAUGCUGGCGAGAGCGGGUUGGAGAUGUUCAGAGGAGGGAGCCAGGCGUAGGCUGGUGGGCUUUCUAGGACAGGGCCUUUCAGGCGAUGGGUGAUUUCUUGUUAUGUGCUGCUACAGCCCAGUUCUCCGCUUUAAAUUGAGCAGGGAGCUCGUAAGAUGGGGGACAGAGAAACGUGGCCCGUUAUCUCUGGUUCAAGGUGAAAAGCUGCAGCUGCGGAGCUGUUUUGUUUUAACUAGCUGUGGUGAGGAGAAGGCUUUCAUCUUUUAAAAAGCCACGCAUCCAGGACUUUGUGUAACUGAGGCAUGGCUUGACUGUAAAAAACCUACAUUCUUGGUUCAAGCUGUUUCUGUGAGUGUUAAAAGCAAAAGACUGAAGUGGCACUCAAAGGAAGAUCUCAGAACUGGCUAUUGCAUGUGAUGGCCCCUUCUUCUAUACCCGAAAUUUAAGCUUAGGCCUGUCGAGAUCUCUUUUAGCCAUCGUCUUUUGUUCCUUGCCACAAGGUGCUGGGGUCACAUAGCUUAGACAUGCAAAGCACAUCAUGAUGCAGAAUCAAAGCCCGCCUUGGCACUCCUCUGUGGUUACUCCCUUGUGCUGCUUUUUGAUCUGGCCCUUGACAAGGUUGCAUGACGAGCAUGGGGUGGUAGAUUACAGCUGUUCUAACAAAGUUAUUACUUUGAGACUAAUUGAAAUUGAAGGUGCCCUGCAUCUUCUAGGAUUAGAUUCACUGUCUUGGCAAUCAUAAUAGCCAAUUUUCACAUCUCUGUACAUCUGCCAUUAUCAUUCUGCUAAUGCUUGGAUGUUAGAGCUGCAAGGGGAUUCUCUAAUGAGCUAGUCAGACUCAGAAUAGACUGUAAUUUCUAAUUCGGCUUCUCUCUUUGGAGUAAUUAAUUACAGUUUACUGAGUAACUAAUCCACCUUUUCAGAUAUACAGAUGUAUCACUGAUAUCUCACCUACUAAAAUAUGUCUUAGCCUACUGAAGGAUAAAUAUAAUUGAUGAAAAUUAAUUCCUGUUUGAUCACAGACAUGUACUUCUCUAGGGAAGGAAGAUUCUUCUGUGCUCAGUAGAUGGAAGCCCUUGAAUGCCACAGAAGUCUAUGGAUCUGUCUAAAGCUGAAAUUUUACUGCUCUUCUGGAAGUAUAUGUACUUCGGAAAACAAGAGACAAUUUUAGUGUUAUAACCAAUACUAAGAUCUGAGAAGUCAGGUUUCAUUUUGAAUUUGCUGCAAUUUUUCACCCAUUCAAGGCCAACAUCCCACUUUAACCUUAACGUUUCUUGUUUUAAGUUGGUCCAAAGGAUGUUCUCAAACCUAUUUGGAUUGAUGUAGUUCACCAACAAACUUUUGCCUGUUGUCAUUGCCUGCAGUGUUACCUUUUUAAAACGUUUGUGUCAGCCAGACUCUUAGUGUGAGAUAUGGUCAGGUCACAAAAUCCACCUUGGGCUGUUUCCUUGCCUGCAGCAGGAGUUUGUGGGAUGGGGGCAAAGAUCAAAUCUCCCUUUGCGCCUCCGGACUGUCUCUUGGAAACUGAAUGGGAACAAAUUGGCUGGGGUACCCUGGGGACAGUCAGACCGUGGGGCUCAUGCCAUGUCAGUAUAAAUAAGGCUAAAUUGUCUGACAUGGACAAUCUGACAACUUUCUCACGCUCUGAAUUCCAUGGAAUUUUUUUGACUGAUAGUAAUUUUUAGACCAAGAAGUUGUUUGUUGUUAUAAAUGAGGUAGUUCUAGGCUUUUUUUGGCUUGCUUCUCUACUACUGCAGAGUCUUCAUUGGGGCUGCUUGGUUAAAUGCUGUCUCUGCUUUGUAAGCAAUGGCUAUGAAAUUAGAUCCAGUGAUUCGUAAAGAUGACAAAAUUAUGUGGUUUAAUUAAAAAGAAAAAGUGAUGAAGGGGCAGAUUCGGCAAGAAAAUCCAAGCUGUGGUGACCAAGAAAAUUUAGAAACUGGGGGAAAGGGAAGAUGGAGUGGAUGUUGUCUCUGUGACAUCCUGAAGUAUUUCCUCUUUUUUAAGGUUCAUGAUAUGCAAAUGCCAGCUUCUGAAUUAUAGCUGCAGUGAUGUACCAAAUGUUUUCUAGCAUAUCCUAUUGUGAGCAGAAAUAUCAGUGUCGUCAAAAAAAAAAAUUGUGUGUAAAUAUGACUCAUAAAUGAUUUCUGAGAGAUGUGAUUUAUUUUUCAUAUUUUUCAAGAUGCAUUCCAUUUCAAAUAAAGAGGUAUCUAUUGAA